AAGUGCACACUUUCAUAAUACAACUGACCUGAGACCACCUCCUCGCCUCCAGGAGGUUCAGGCUCAGGCUAUUAUCUCUCCGUCGUGCCAGAAUAUGGGAUCCCGCGCAACAUAUCCAUACCCUCCACGAGCACCGCUGACUCCUUCGCGACGACUCUCGCACUCAACGUUUCUGAUCGUUUCGUGUUGAGUCUCUCCGACUCGAGUGGUUUUGGCGCCGGAGGAGUGACACCGCUACUGCAAGUCGAUCAGGGGGACUCGAGCUGCAAUCUCACGAGCCCGAGCUUGCCAUUUACCUUUACGGACACGGAAUUGCAGCAAUGCCUGUCAGUCACGGCCAUCUUGCGCCGACCUUCUUUCUGAACCCAUUGCAGACCAUACACUCUGAGUGAUUACUUGCAGACCGGUGCAAUAGCGCCCGUGACGGUGUACGGGCUCAUUCCAGGCGGUGACCCCUUUGUCCUACACCCUGCAGCGAAGCCCACGACGUUCACAUGGGAUGCUACCCCAAUAUACAAUAACACGAACGUCAUCAUCUUCAUGGUCGAUGCCGGCCUUCGACAAGGGGGCAGUGUCCUCAAGACUGUGCAGAUCUCGGAUGUAACGAAUUGUAUUAACAGCACAUCACCGUCGUCCACCGCACUGCCAGGAGCAACCUCCAGCCCCAGUUCGAGCUCGUCACCUUCGUCAUCAAAUGGCGGCACCCCCAUAGGCGCCAUCGCCGGGUCGGUGCUGGGCGCCCUGCUCUUUCUGGCUGUUUUCAUCACCCUUGGCUUGUUCUUUCUGCGCAAACGACAAGAAAAUAACAAAGCGGAGAGUUUCGGUGUCACUGAUCUCCGUCGUCACUCGAAUCCAUUCUCCACCGGCCUCAGCCCGGUAUCCUCCAACCUUGCCAUGGAGUCCAGUACACCGACAGGAUCGGGCACGCGAGCGCCGUCGCACUAUCAGGCAUCGCAGUACAGCACUUCGGGACACGGAAACCCGGAUCCUUUCAACCCCGAGUCCCAUGUCGGAGAGGUGGAGCCAUUCAUGGAACAAAACACGUCGGCCCCGGCCCCGUCACUUUCGCAGCGCAAAUCCACGAUGUCUGCAGGCCCGAGCAGAUCGUUCCGCUAUGUAUUACACACCGACUCGGAAGACCACGUGCCGAGCGAAGACGAGGAAGUGGUCGAGCUUCCUCCCCAGUACUCUGCGUCGAGGAGACCAGCGCAGAUCCCUGAACAGCCCGAAUCGCAUUCAGCAUAGCCGUUGUAUUUACCAUCUAUCCACCUUCUGUUCCAUUCUGUAUCCAUUGGACUCACUAUAUAUCCUUAUUUGUGCGCACUCGCAGUCGUAUGUGGCAUCCUUUCCUGA